AUGGCAACCGACGCAGCUGCACCCACCAAAUCCUUCAUCAUCAAGCAUAUGAACACCAGCCAUGCCGACACGCUCUCUCUCUACCUACGCGCCUACUGCGGCGUCUCCGCCCACUUCGCCCAUCCCGCCAUCCUCCAAGACAUCUCCCACUCCGACCUCCUCAUCACCGCAAAAGGAACCCGCUACAGCGUCCCCAUCAACCCACCCAUGACCUCCUUUGCCGAAGCCCGCGCCCGCGUCGUCGCCAUGCACAAGGACUCUCUGCAGCGCCUCGGCCUCUCCGACAUUACCAUCGCCGAGUACCGGCCCCCGCAGGGGCUCCAGAUCGUCUCGCUAGCCCUGGUGGUCGCUACGCUGGUGGUGUUUGGUCGGCGGAGCAAUUUCCUGCCGGGGAGUGCAUUCUACGAGACGGUGGGCUUGGACCGGCAUCCGGUGUUUACGCGGUUCUGCUACGAUGUUGCGCCGGUGGUGGUUGGGUUAUUGCUAGGCGUGCAUUUGGUGGAGGCGACGCUGUUGGCGAUUAAGAGGUUGAGGCCGCAUGGGGUGCGGGUUGCGUCUGGGUUGUGGGUUGCGUGGAUUGUGUCGAAUUUCGUGGAAGGGUUUCCAGUGUGGCGGCGGUUUGAUGAGAUGGUGAGGGAGGAGCGGAUGAAGAGGGAGCGGAGGAGUGAUUAA